UUUGCGACAGCUUCCCUGCUUUCUGUCUGUACACACUGCUUUACGGCAGAAUGCAAUCUUCCACAUGGCCUCCAACCAGGCAGUAGCCGGAGUGAGAGUUUAAUUUUAGACAGUGUACGAAGGGAACCUCCACGUUACGUGCCCAGUUCGCACUUUAACACGGAUUAAAAUGGGUAAAAGUAAAACUACGAAAUUUAAGCGCCCUCAGUUUAACGCGGUCGGUCUGCCGGUGAAUGCUGUGAAGGAAGAGGACGCUGCUGAGGAACUGCACGAUGAAGAUUGUUGUCCAGCUGCGGAAUUACUGGAGAAAUUACAAAAUCCCAGUGCAGACGUGCGAGAGUUCGCAUGUGCCAGCAUCUCUCGGGUGGUGCAGCAGAGCCAAACCAUCCCAGGUUUCCUGCAGAGGGAUGCCGUGAGGCGCCUGGGGCCCAUGCUGCUGGACAGCAGCCUGGCUGUCAGGGAGACUGCCACUGGAGCCCUCAGGAAUCUGAGUGCAUGCGGAGGUCAGGAGGUGUGUGAGGACAUGGUGAAGCACGACAUCAUGACUCCUCUGACAGCACUGCUUAGAGAGUGCUGUGCUGGAUUUGAGAGCGCUGCUGUGUCGAUGACUGACCAGAAGAAUGCUGUGGAGGAUGUGGCCAAUGAGGCUGUGAACCUUUUGUGGAAUCUAUGUGAGAGCAGCAGCCAGGCACUGUCUGUGUUUAACAAAUCUGGGCUCCUCGAUGUAGUGGUGCAGUGUAUGGAGAGACACCCACACAACACUGAACUGGCCAUAUCUGCUGCUCACUGUUUGCACACUGUGACUGAGGAUAACCCAGAGCUGCUCUGUAGCUUGAACACUGCUGUGCUUGGAGUAAUGGAGAAUGCACUGCUGUCAUCUCAGCCCAGCAUGGCCCACACACUCCUCAGGACGCUGGCUGCAGGGACUCUGUGGAACAUGAAAGGAAGUCUACCUGCUGCUCGUCAGGCCCAGACUCUCAGCGCUGUAGUGGCCACCUUGUCUAAGUGCCUGGACCUGGACUCCGGUACACUGAUACCUGAACUGCGACAGGCAGAAGAAGUACGAAUUAAAAACAAGCCAGAUUCUGCAGACUCAGUGGAGCAGGCAGCAGGAGGGCUGGUUGAGGAGGAGAUGGACGAGGAGGAGGAAGCACCUAAACACAAAAGGAAUGGAAAAUCUGCAAGGGGUGAUACAGACUUCUCUGACCUCUUGCCUAGGGGUAAGGAGGAGCUGAGGGAGGCAACGGCCUUGCUGACAGCCCAGCAAACGUCCUUAGAGAUCAUUGUCAACAUGUGCUGCUCUGAUGACCCUUCUGAUGACGAGUGGGAGGAGGAGUCAAGCAGCGAUGAAAGUGACAUGGGUCCUGACGGCCUUUGUGAAGGAGUGUCAAAUCUAAUGUCCCCUCUGUGUUUGUCAGCUGAGGUUCACACAGCCUUAAUGAACCACAACAUCCCUGAAAAGGUCCUUAAAAAGAGUGAGUUCCCAGGAAAGGAAGCCAUGGAGGUGUGCAAGCAGAACCCCUCCUGGAGAGGCCUGAUGAAGAAAAUGCAGCGUGUUCAGUCAAGGGCACUGACCUGCCUCCACAGCAUCCUCUCCACCAUGGAUGCAGAGUCUCUUGGAGGAGCAGCUGCCCUGCAGGAAGCAGCACAGCACCUGUCCACGCUGGUUUUCGGAGCAGCAGAGAUUCCCAAAGAUGAAGAGUUCCUAGAGGCCGUCAUCAGUGCCAUGCGCUCGCUUUUACAAAUGAUUGCCUCCAAAAGUAUUUCCCAGUGUAUGACCCCGCAGCAGCUGAUGAGCCUGAGCGAAGCAGCCACUAGCUGUGAAGUCGUCAGUGUGAGGGUCAACGCCGUCGCCAUUUUGGGCAUCACUGGAAGCACAUUAGCCAAAGAAAAGUGCACUGCUGAAACCCUCCAGAUGAUCGGAAACGCAUUACUGCAAGUAGCCACGAGGGACGCAGACCUGGUUGUGAAUGGAGAAGCCCUCGAUGCUUUGUUUGAUGUCUUUGCUGAUGGAGAUGAGGCGGAGACAGCUGCUAAAAACAUCCAGUUACUACCCGCACUGAAGGCACUUCAACCUGUCUUUAAGGCUAAGAUUCGCAAAGAAGGACGAGGAAAGUACAGCCCUCCGCAGCUCUGUGUGCUCGACAACAUUAAAGUCAACCUGAGAAGAUUUAUCGGUUAUCUGGAGACGGUGGUGAAAAAAUAAACAAACUGUGUUCUUUCUUUUGAUUAGUUGAACUUGAAUGGACUGUGUGGACAAAAAACGCUAUCAGGAAAAGAGAAUGUGAUGGAGUAUGGUUUUGAAACCAUCAAGUAUUUAUGACAUGGAUGGUUUACCGUUUUUUAUUUUUACUUCUUCUCAAUGUUCAUGUUUUAAAUAAUUAUUUACUAUAUUACAAAGUUUAUGAGUUGCGAAGAAGACAUGGUGGCAUGAAUAUUGGUUAUAAGUGACAGCAAACUGCAGUAAGAAAAAAGAAAGGCUUUUUUUGCUUCCUCAGUUAUUUGUAUCAAUCAACCAAAAAACAGUUAUCAGAGUUGAACAUUUUUGUUUCUUUUUUUUUUUAUAAAUGUUGAAGUCAUCAGUGUAGAGAGCUGAAUCUGAGUACAGACAAACGUACCUUUACUCUUUUUUUCCCAUGUCUCAAAGGGCCAAUCAUGGUUGUUCUGCUACAAUAAUAAGAAAGCAGAGCUGUUGUAUUUAGUAGAUUAUUUUGGGAAAAUCCCAAUAUUGUGUACUAAAUAAAAAAACUUUUUUUCAGUGGUUAUCGUUUAGCCCAUCAAGAGACUUAAUUACAAAGUCAUUUCAGUAACUUGCUAAUCUUGAAAGAUUUUUCUCACUGCCAAGAUUGUGACGAAAUAAAAUCUUUGAGGACGGAUAUAUAGCCUUAAGAAAUACACACAUUCUCUACCUCUACCUCUCUGGCCUCUGAGCAUUGACGAUAUACGGCCGGGCUCGCUCUUAUGAAUGCAGUGAGAACUCCUUCAGAGUUGGUGCUUGUGAACCGUGGCCGUCAACUUCUUACUGGGAGCAUUCUUUUAAGUAACUUUAUGAGGUAGCACAUUAGGUAACCUUCCAGAUUUAAUAUAUGCUGGUGUCAUCAAUAUCAAUUACUUAAUAUCAAUUUACAAAUCUCCUUUUUCAAUUUACAGAUCUGUCAGAUGUGCCAUCAGUUUUGCACAAUAAACAAUAACUACUCAUAAUGAAGUGACUGACAACGUAAACAUGUUGAGCAAUUUGUGAUGUUUGAACUUGGCCCUGAGUUCCCACAACUAUUCAGGGAGGUAUCACCUAAAUUGCAUGUUAGUGUUCAGAAAAGAUAAGUUACAGGAAAAUACAUGAUCAUGUUGUUUCUGUUUAUUGAAAUAAAUCCUAAUUUCCUACAAUUGAA